AUGAUCCUCGGCCAUGAGACGUCGGCGGUGGUGGAGGCCGUCGGCUGUGAGGUGAAACACCUCAAGGUGGGCGACCGAGUGGCCACCGAGCCGGCGGUGCCAUGCGAGCGCUGCUCCUACUGCCGCUCCGGCGUCUACAACCUCUGUCCGGAUAUUGCCUGCCACGCGACGCCGCCUUACCACGGAACGCUGGUCAAGUACUUUCUCCACCGAGCCGCCUACGCCUUCAAGGUGCCCGACAGCGUCGACAACGAGGAGGCCGCCAUGAUUGAGCCACUCUCCGUGGCCGUGCACUCCUGCAAGCGGUCGGGCGUGACGGUCGGCUCACGGGUGCUCAUCACCGGCGCCGGGCCGAUUGGCAUCUACACGCUGAUGGCCGCGCGGGCGUACGGCGCCACGCGGGUCGUCCUCACGGACAUCAACGAGGAGCGGCUGAAGCUGGCAAGGGAGCUGGGCGCCGACCAAACCAUUCUCGUCACCAAGGAGCUGAGCGAGGAGGAGCUGGUGGCUAAGGUGAAGGAGGCUUUCGGUGAUGGCGAGCAGCCUGACAUCAGUCUGGAGUGCUCGGGAGCGCCCAGCUGCUCUCGUCUGGUGCUGCUGGCCACCAAAUCAGGUGGUGUGGCCAUUCAAGUGGGCCUGGGCCCGCCUAAUGUCAGCCUGCCAAUUGCCGAUGCUGCCAUCCGCGAGGUGACAAUUCUGGGGGCGUUCCGCUACAAGGACUGCUUUCCUACGGCGGUGGCGAUGGCCGCCUCGGGAAAGCUCAAUCUAAAGGCGCUCGCCAGUCACCGUUUUGACUUUAAGGACUGCCUGGAGGCGUACAAGGUGGCCAAGUCCGGUGCCGGCAUGAAGGUCAUUAUCAAGGUUACCGAGUAA